AUGGACUGGAAAUUAUUUCCUUCAACGCAGGCCAGCGUUUAUUAUCAAGAAAACUCGCAGCAGAUUAGAAUUUCUAUGGAACGACUUUGUGAUAACCUGGAUGCCUUGCUUAGAAGAGAUAAACGGGAUUGUUUAUCAAAACAGCUUCACGGUCUUCUCAACAGCGCAGGAAAACAUGAAGUUAGACUAAAGGCAGGCAUUCAGAGAACGCCCACGAGUGAGAAAUUGAAAGAUGGAAGCGAUCUAGAAAGGGCGGGCAAAUGCAGCUCUGUAAAAGAAGAGUAUAGUGAAAAGCUUUCAAGGAAAUAUCUUAACACUGAGGCUACGAGAGAACUAGCAGAUUCCAAAGCAAGUUGUUCUCGCGAAGGAAAAUAUAAAUCAGGAAUAAAUAAAACGUUUUAUGCAAAGGAACCGCGUCCAAUUUCUACGAAAUUUUUAUCAGGUAAAUGUAAAAAGAGAGGACAGAUUCAGAUGAAUUUGGAAAUUGAUAAAAGUGAAAUUGAAGUGUUGCCUAGCAACGGAUGGUGGUUAGAGCAGAGAUCUAGUGACUCAGAAACAGAGAGUGACUUGGACAUUGAUUGCAGUGCAAGCCUGAAUCUUAACACAAACAGUAAUGAUUUUGGAAGUUCUACUUCUAUAUGCAGCAGCAUUAAAAAUGGCCGACGAUCGCUAGUCGUUUCAAAAAACGGACACAGCGGAGCGGAAUAUCAGGGAAGGAAAGACUCCUUUUCAAGUCAACUGUCAGAAGAUUAUAAAAUGCUAACCAGCGAACAAGGCGGGGAAAAAGAUUGUUGUAACUUCUUUGAGUUGACGAGUGGGACUGGAGACGAAGAGGAAAGUUUUUCGGCAGUGCCCAGUCCACCUUCAACUAGCCCGGUUGUCGAUGACAAAGGCAGCGAAUUCCGUUCGAAUUCCGGCCCUUCUUCACUGAGUCUCAGUCAAUCAUUAUACAACGCCCAUGAUAAGGAAAUAUUUGACGACAAUUUAUCAUUAGAAUACAGAGAACUGCUUCAACACCACCCAAACACGACUAGUCGCAUAACUUAUACUACAUUAAAGACUUCAUAUGGUUAUAAUUAUGCUUUUCAGGGGAUAGGACGCAUAAUUGAGGAAUACAAUCGUUCUCGAGGAAUCCUUGAAACCCGCAACAAAACUCACUGCGCACUGCCUAAAGUUAACAACAAAAAAACAACAACAGAUCAUUUAGGAAACGCGCACAAAAGACGUCCGCAUACAGCAACUUUACCCGUGAUACUUAAGCUUACGAACAGAAACAAGUCUGGUGUCAGCGGUAAGCUUACAGAGAACAAAGACACAGAUGAGAGAGUCCUACCUACAACUUUGAAUAAGUCAGCGGAGGCAUCGUACUCCAUCAUGACUCCAUAUAUGGCGAAUAUUGUGUGGUCUGUAAUGGAAGAUGAGAAGGUGCAAUGA